UCCUUGGACAGCGAGUGGAUCGCGACUGGCUCAGAUGUCAACGCCAUCAUCCUCUGGGACGCAAAUGGACGAGUAUGUCAUGAAAGGGUAGCCCAUGGGGGCCGUGUCAACUCGCUUGCUUUCUCCCCGGACAACCAGCAUCUUGCGUCCACUGGCGAGGAUUAUCAGGGGGCUGUUGCGAUAACUUCUGUUGCGUCAGGCAGGCUGCACAAGACUCUUCGCGGACAUACCGAUCAGCUAGAAGCCAUCGCAUUCAACCCUGACAGUACGCGCCUCGCCACCGCGUCCAACGACCAUACAGUGCGGGUUUGGGAUGUGCAGACCGGAGCGUCGCACGUCGUCUUGCAGCAGCACUUGAAGGGGGUGGAGGAUGCCACCUUCUCACCAGAUGGGAAGCUCCUGCUAUCUGCGUCGUCUGACAAGACGAUCAAGAUCUGA